UUUGCAAAAGCAAGUUAGCGUGAUGAGUAUGAAUCUAUCAGCAAAGCUGGAUGAAUUACAAAGAAGUGAUAGACACUUGGAGACUACGGUCGCCCUGUGUGAAAUACGGACUCAGCUCCAAGAGUUGACGAAGUCCGUCGAAAGCUGUCAAAGCGAAGUUUCAGAGGUGAAACGGGAUAUGGUAGCGAUAAAACACGAACUAGAUACUGUACAGCAAGUUAAAGAGGAAAUUGAAGAAUUGCGGGAAUAUGUGGAUCGCCUGGAAGAGCACACGCACCGGAGAAAAUUAAGACUUCUAGAACAAGGUCUCACGUUUUUCUUAACGUAUGCAAUAUUUGCCGCUGUGCUAGGAAUGUUACAAUUCGGUUACAAUACAGGCGUGAUAAAUGCUCCAGAAAAGAACAUCGAGAAUUUCAUGAAGGAUGUUUAUAAAAAUCGCUAUGGCGAAGAUAUCAGUGAGGAGUUCAUUCAACAACUGUAUUCAGUGGCAGUGUCGAUAUUUGCCAUUGGGGGCAUGUUGGGUGGAUUCAGCGGCGGUUGGAUGGCCAAUCGAUUUGGAAGGAAAGGCGGACUACUACUAAACAACGUUCUGGGUAUAUCAGGUGCUUGCUUAAUGGGCAUUACGAAAAUGUCUCAUUCCUACGAAAUAUUAUUCCUCGGACGAUUUAUUAUAGGAGUUAAUUGCGGUUUAAAUACAUCUUUAGUUCCAAUGUACAUCUCUGAAAUAGCCCCAUUAAAUCUCAGAGGUGGACUUGGGACAGUGAAUCAAUUGGCUGUGACCGUAGGUUUAUUAUUAUCCCAAGUAUUGGGCAUCGAGCAAAUUCUAGGAACCAAUGAAGGUUGGCCAGUUUUACUUGGCCUCGCAAUAUGUCCAGCUGUUUUACAAUUAUUACUAUUGCCCGUUUGUCCUGAAUCCCCGCGAUAUCUUUUAAUAACGAAACAAUGGGAGGAGGAGGCACGGAAAGCUCUUCGGCGACUGCGAGCAUCCAAUCAAGUUGAGGAAGACAUCGAAGAGAUGCGAGCCGAGGAGCGAGCCCAACAGGCCGAAAGCCAUAUAUCAACGAUGGAGCUAAUUUGCUCGCCCACGCUUCGGGCGCCACUCAUUAUCGGAAUUGUUAUGCAACUUAGUCAACAGUUUAGUGGUAUCAAUGCGGUAUUUUAUUAUUCAACGUCACUUUUUAUGAGUUCCGGUUUGACGGAAGAAAGCGCAAAAUUUGCUACAAUUGGCAUCGGUGCUAUUAUGGUUGUAAUGACAUUAGUUUCUAUUCCACUUAUGGAUCGGACUGGACGACGCACACUUCACCUGUACGGAUUGGGUGGAAUGUUCAUCUUCUCGAUAUUCAUUACGAUCUCGUUCCUGAUAAAGGAGUUUUUUGGUUAUGUGCAGGAAAUGAUCGAUUGGAUGUCCUACCUGUCGGUGGUGUCUACGCUCGCUUUCGUGGUUUUCUUCGCCGUGGGUCCAGGUUCCAUUCCAUGGAUGAUAACUGCCGAGCUCUUCUCUCAGGGUCCACGACCAAGUGCUAUGGCCAUAGCCGUUUUAGUCAAUUGGAUGGCAAAUUUUGUUGUUGGAAUUGGUUUCCCAAGUUUGAAGACUGCAUUGGAGAAUUAUACAUUUUUGCCAUUUAGCGUAUUUCUAGCAAUUUUUUGGAUUUUCACAUAUAAAAAGGUUCCUGAGACCAAGAAUAAAACAUUCGAGGAAAUUCUUGCACUCUUCAGACACGGAAAUGGAAGAAGGACCCUACGCGAUAGUAGGCUUUACGGGAGUAUGCUAAACUGCGUAAAUAGUUUGGAGCCGCAAAGUAUGAAUUCGGGCAUCGAACAUGCCGCCCUGAUGAUAUCCGAGGAAAAAACUCAGCACGAUUCACUCUUUGGAACCACUUCGUUUUCAUUGGCGGUUGAAGGAAUGGGACCAUAUCCUUUGAGCGAUAGUACAAACCUAUUGGGUCCUAGUAGUUACGCAUUCGGGACGCCGGCAACGUGUCGCUAUAUCAACUAUGGUACAAAUGAUAAUACGCCAGUUCCUAAACGAAAGUGCUAUUACAAUAGGGACAGUUUCAGGAGACACUCGGCACACGGCAGAAUAACCUCGUCAGCUGCAUCCGAGCGUUGUUCCGAAGGCGCCAGAAAUAUCCGGCAGGGGCAGAACGCUGUCUCUGUGCCCCAUCACCUUCGUCAGCAAGUACCUGUUUGCCAGAACAACGGGCCUUGACUGAAGAACGCCUCGCCUCCUGAAAGCGAACACCAUCAUAGUAACACCUUGCAACAAACUCCAACCAAGCACCGUCGCCGUCAUCACGAACAUCACGAACAUGAUCA